UUUGCGUGUAUGUAUUGUACACAAAUUGUACAUGUAUUGAUUAUUCGGAAGCUUUGUAAUCUAACUUAUAAAUUCGUCAAUAACUGGACCUGGGAACUACGAUUAAUAUUUAUAUAAUAAAUUUGUUUAAUAACGUGUUUACACAUAUAUUAUGGACGCCGAAGCACAGCCACUAGAGCAACCUAUAGAGACCCAACAAAACCAAGCACCGAUUCAAGAAGAGGCUUCCAGACCUCAGAAAGUGGAAGAUUUUUCAGUAGUCUCUGGUACCGGGGACGCUGUGGCCGCUAUACCACCAAAAGAUCAGAAACCAUCACCUAGGAAACCUAAGAAACGUAAGCCGAAAGUGCCUCGAGAUGUCACAGCACCGCGGCAACCUUUAACAGGAUAUGUGAGGUACCUAAACGAGCGUCGCGACCAGCUUCGCGCAGAGCACCCAGAGCUGGGGUUUGCAGAGCUGACGCGGCACCUCGCCAGCGAGUGGAGCAAGCUGCCGGCAGAGGAGAAACAACAUUAUCUAGAUGCUGCUGACCAAGACAAAGAAAGGUACAUCAGGGAAUGGGCAGAAUAUAAGAAAACAGAUGCAUACAAGGAAUUCAGGAGACAACAAAUGGAGCAAAAGGAAAGUGUAGCAGCCAAGAAACCCAAACAUAACCCACCACCACCUGAUACUGCUGCUGCUGCUGCUACAGCUCCUCAAGCAGUAGCAGAGCAGAAUAUGGUGAAUGUGAAUGGUACACUACCUGCCCCCACACCUGCCUCCAGGCAGCAGACUCCACCUCGGCCUAGACCAUGUAUCACCCCAGCUUCUGGUGAAGAAUUAGGUGGAGACACAGAUAUCCCCAUAUUCACUGAUCAAUUCCUUCAACAUAACAAACUGAGAGAAUCUGAGCUUAAGCAGUUAAGAAAAGCCAACUCAGAUUUUGAACAACAGAAUGCAAUUCUGCAGAGGCACGCGGAGGAGGUAAGCGGCGCGACGGCGCGCCUGCGCGCGGAGACUGCCGCCGCCGUCGAGCGCACUGCCGGCCUCGUCGCGCACCGGCGAGCACUUGUGGCCGCGCUGGUGCAGGCUCUGCAAGAUGUCUCGCUACCAGGUGGUCCUGCUACACCAACAGAAAGUAACAUUGAUGAAUACAUGGAGAAGCUGCAAAAUCUAGCCUCAGAAACAAAAGGCAACCCAGUGGUCAAGCAAGCACGAGAUAUCCUCAACAAAAUUGCACUUCCUUUGAAUUAAGUACAUUAAGACAACUAACAUAAUGAGAAGAUAGGCAAUAAAAAACAUAAAAUAA